AUGUCCCAGUUCUUAAUCUCGCCGCGAGUAGAUAACGGUCAACUUACUUCAACCUCCCUUGUUCAAUUUGUUCGGACCCAGGUAGGUGAACAAGUCAACUGUGCUCUACAACUGCUAACUGUGUGGCUGAAUAGAAGUAUUCUAUGGGUGACGGUAUGGACAAUACAGACAGCCUCCCUAGCUACCUGGACACCCUUCUCACCCGGACAGCUAAACCCAAAUAAGAAACUUUCAAGUGGUUUACAUGGAUGAUUGAGGCUACUGUGCUGAUCGCUGCUCAUUUCCUUAUAUCAAGCCUACUAAUCAGCAUCUGUCCGGGUAGCCUGGGAGACUGUCUACCCCUGAGUGCUUUAAAAUUAGUAAUUCUCCAACUGUUCUACUUGUAUAGACUUACAGUUUGGCAAUCCAGGAUGGAUUCACUAAGCUGGAGGCCAGGGUAGUGAUUGGCUUAGACAAGAGCUUACAAAAGAGCUUGGUACCAAUAAACGAUGCGAUAAAUGAUGUCCACUUGUGGAAUAGAUGGAUAGUAGGAACCAUUGUCAUGGGUGUCUUGUCUUUCGAUUCUCCUUCACAACUCUGGGCUAACCAUCGCACUAGAUUAUGUUAAAAACUGACAUUUAUGACAGGUGCACAGAAGAAAAAUUGUUUGAAAAGAUUCAGGUUUCUGGAUCUAGACUGAUAGAGUUCGUUACGGGGCCUCCGGGGCCUCGAAAGCUGUGGGCCCCUGCCCCCGUUCCCCGCCCCGCCCCGGCGUUUGGCCUGGGGUGCCCCCCCCAUGUGGGGCCCUGCUACUGCUCCCGGCCAAUUUUAUAGCUCGGAGCAUGGGCAGGGACCCCCGAUGACCCCCGUACAGGGAGCGGGGCGGGGAAGUGGGAGCAGGAAGAUACCCCAUACUCGCAACGGGGUGGGGUGAGUAUGUGAAAACCCGCCCCGCCCCGCCCCGAAACGAACCCUGUCUAGAGUUGGCACUAUGGUGCACGAUACUGAGGACAGGCUUACAAAGUUGUUUGAAGAUGCUUUAUUUGAACUUAAGGUUGAACUAAGGUAG